AUGGAUAAUGUGCUGAAAUUUGAACAGCAUCACAAACAAUUAAGACUACCGUUUUGGGUUUAUGCGGACUUUGAAUGCAUCCUAGCUCCGAUAGACAAUCACUCAAGUGCUUCAGAGGAUGUAUGUACCAUCAAAAAGUAUGAACAUAGACCCUCCUCAGUUGCUUAUUAUAUUAAAUGUUCUUAUAAUGAUUCACUAUCCAAGCUCGAACUGUAUAGGGGUGAGGAUGCUGCACAAAUUUUUGUUACGCGUUUAGAGGCUGAUCUUAAAUUAAUAUAUGAUCAAUAUUUAAAACAAAAUGUAGCGAUGAAAAUGACGGCGCACGAUAAAAAUGUGUUUGAUAAAGCAGAGAUGCGAUUUGUCGAUUCAUAUCAGUUUCUAUCGUCAAAAUUAGAAACCUUGGCAUCCUUUUUAAGCGCAGAACAAUGUCGGACGGUACGAAAAGUCUUUCCUGAGGACGAAAAGUUCUCCUACAUGAGAUGCAAAGAUGUCUCAAAAACGGUAAUAUAUGACUUUUUCUAUGACUUUCUGAAGCGUCAAUAUGGUGAUAAGGUGUCUGUAGCUUACACGGACACUGAUUCGCUAAUAGUACAUGUUGAAACCGAUAAUUUCUAUGAGGACAUGAAAUCACACAGACAUUACUUUGACACAUUCAAUUAUGAUGCUUCCAACCCACAUAAUAUGCCUCAAACAGCGUCAGAGUUGGGUAAGAUGAAAGACGAAUAUGCUUUUAAGAUACUGUCUGCAUUUUAUGGUACGGGUCCCAAAGCAUACUGUAUAGAUGCGGUAGACCAAGUAGCUAAACGAGCCACAGGUAUAUCUAAGGCGAGUGUAAAAAAUCAGUUACAUUUGCUACAUUAUAAGGAUAUUGUUGAGGAGAAACGGACAUCUGUAUACUGUACGAUUUAUGUAUUUAAAUCGGAGUCGCACAAUAUCUACACAAAUUAUAUAAAAAAAGUAGCAUUGACCAGUACGGAUGAUAAACGUUUCUUGAUACCAAACUCAACAAAGACAUUAGCUUGGGGUCAUCAAGAUAUAUUAUUUCAUAACAUGUCACAUGAGGAGCGCUUGGAUACAUUACUGCACUUGAUGCAAGAAGCCAUUGUGUUGAAUAAUAAGCAUCAGAUAGCAUGA